AUGUCAACACUUGUCGUUGUUACUGGUGCCACUGGUGGUCAGGGAGGCUCCGUCAUUCGCGCCUUGCAGAGCAAACCCGGACUACGACUGCGGGGUCUGAGUCGAAACCCUGAUGGGGCAGCGGCCAAAGAACUAGCAAGCCAGGGCGUCGAGAUGGUCCAGGCCGACUUGGACGAUGUGUCGACCCUCCAGAGGGCAUUUGAAGGAGCCCAAGUCAUUUUCGCUGUCACCGACUUCUACGAGACCAUGAGGGCAGCUGACAGCUGGACCGCCAUGAACGUGGAAUACCAACGCGGUAUCAACAUUGCCGAAGCUGCAUCGCGUACGGGGUCUCUGGAGCAUUUCAUCUGGAGCACGUUGCCAUCGGCGCACAAGAUCUCCAAGAAGCAGUACUUCGUCCCUCAUUUUGAAGCCAAGGCCAAAGUGGACGACUUCAUCAAGUCGAAAUCUCAGCUGCUCGCCAAGACGACCUUCUACUGGGUCUCUUUCUUCGGCGAGAACCUCCAGAAGCCGACCUUCGCUCCCUUAUACCUGUCUGGCCUGAAGAAAUAUGUCAUCGUCCUACCGACUGCCCCGUCCUGUCCGGUCGGCUUCAUCGGAGACCACCGGACCAAUAUUGGGAUUUACAUCGCGGCAAUCAUCGAGCAAAGAUCACGCACGCUGGGAAAAUACGUGUUUGGAAACGUCGAGACAGUGCCGCUCAAGGAUUACUAUGACAUUUGGGCUUCGGUCGUGGGCAGGACCGUCGAGUACCUGCAGGUGUCCAACGCCAGCUACUGCGAACUUUUGCCCAAUUAUGGGCAGGAGAUGUCGGUAAUGCUGAAUUUCUGGAACAAGUAUGGAGCUGAUGCAUGGUCCGGAGAAGACACCUUGACAGACGCGGAUCUGGGGAUCACCAAGCAGCUGAUCGGGCUAAGGGAAUCUAUCCAAAACCUGGAUUGGACAUCUACGCUGGCACAGGAAUGA